AUGUCAGAAAACGGACUCUCGACCAGAAUCCAGCAGUUUCUAAAUCCCCUGGGGCGACAAGGUCAUGGUACCCAGAGUCCAUUUCUCCGGCUGGGUCAGCAAAUGCAGGACAUCCUGGGUGAUGGAGGGAUUCUCAAGGAAGUGGUUCAGGCCGGAGACGGGCCUCCGGUAGCGAGAGAUUCCUCUGUAUCCAUCCAUUUCUCUGGAUAUCUGGAAUAUUCCGACCAACCGUUCGAGACUACGAAAUACAUGAAGUAUCCCAGAAUGCUGAAACUUGGCAGAGAUAUUACUCUGUGUGGACUCGAACUUGGUCUUUUGACCAUGAAGAAAGGCGAGUACUCACGGUUCCUCUUCCUCCCGGAGUAUGCCUAUGGGGAGAUGGGCUGCCCUCCGCUCAUUCCUCCCAUGGCCUCUAUCCUCUAUGAGGUUCAAGUCCUCGACUUUCUCGACUCUGCCCAAGUAGAUGAGUUUUUCGCUUUGAGCCCGGAGCAGCAGAACUUUGUUCCUCUCUCUGACCUCCUCAGCGUGGUGGAUAUCGAGAAAAGCUUUGGCAACCGCUGCUUCAAGCAGAGCCGCUUCGACGACGCCAAAGACCGCUACAAGCAGGCUGUGAUGUUGCUGUCAAACCGGGAGACGGAGAGCGAGGAGGAGAAGAGGGGCAUCGCCUCUCUGCAGCUGCCCCUCUACCUCAACCUGUCCCUGGCUAUGCUGCGACUGGACAGGCCCCGCAGGUCUCUGGACUACAGUCUGCAGGCCCUGCUCAUAGACCCACGCAACACCAAGGCUCUCUUCCGCUGUGGACAGGCCUACCUGGAGCUAGCUGAGUAUGAAAAGGCCCAGGAAUACCUCACCAUGGCCCAGGCCAGGAAACCGUUCGAUCCCGACAUCAACAACCUGCUACAGAAACUGGCCAUAUCCUACAAGGAUUUCCUGGACAAGGAAAAAGAAAUGUGUUCCAGGAUGUUUCCAAACCGCAACAGCAAAUAA